AUUCACUUGCAACAUCACAAAUCCGUUGUUUUGUUCCGACGUACUCCGAACAAUGUCAGAUCGUUCCCAGCUACAGCGGGAAGUUGAUGCAGCAUAUACCAUACAAACGAGGGCCGCGACGAAGGGAGCAGCCCGAGCAGGAGCUUUCGGUGUUGGGGUCGUCACGUUUGCCCAUUAUGCGUGGCCACUCUUCCGACGACAAACACUCCCAUUCAAAGCAUUCCUGGUGUCCGGAUUCACCAUGGCUGGUCUGGUGAUUGGGGCAGAUAAUGCCCUUUUAACUCACGAGGCAGAAAGGCGGCAGGCUGAGCAUGCUAUUCGUCGUGAAGCCAGGAUGGACCUUGCUCGCCGAGGGCUCAUCGGCACAGAAACUGAAAUUGCCAAGUGGCGAGCAGAAAGGACUCGACAGAUGGAAGAACAAGCAAACAACGGAAAUCUUCGUGACAGCUCUCAGGCUAAUUGAGAGUUCGAAUGGGAAUGAUCAUCAAUACGAGAUGUAGAGGAAGCGCGUUUGAAGGUACUACAACGGUUUACGACGCGUGACGGAGACUUUCCGGACUUGCUUGGAGUGGGAUAACAUUGAGUGUGAUUCUGCUAUCGAAUACGAGGGUGGCUGGACUACAUGCAUUUGUGGGCGGCUCGAUGGGCAAACUGAGAAUUCGCGAAGGAAGGCGAACGAAAACAAAGGCAUGAAGCCUGUAGGGAUAGUGAAGAUGUGAACCUGAAGCUGAGGUGACGAUCUAAGGGUUCUGAAGUUUGGUAUUAAUUAGUGAGAGGACUGAAACAAUUGACGUUGAGCAAGAAUAAUAUAUAUAUAUAUCCGAUGAAUAUGCAUGCAGCAGGGCGCAGAGGAAUGAGGAUCCCU